CAUCAGCUACAGUGGUAGAUCCCCGCCCGACAGACAGCAUCAGCCCUGGUGGAGCCUCCGCUCAGACCCCCCGUACCCGCCUUCCUCUAGAGGCCGUUGCUCCUAUCUUUUUUUUCCCUAUCCACAUGUCAACUAAUACCGCGCCUUCACGAUGACAUGAUCUGCUUCUGCACACCACCUUCGUUUCCCUCACCCACACCCUUCCUUUAGCGAUGCCACCACGCCCUUGACCACACUUACUUCAACUCUACCUCCCUAAUACUCCGCUCGCUAUAGCCUACACAACCAUGCACUUCUCACCCUCGCGCAUCGUCAUAGGCUUUGCCAUCUUCAUUGCUUUUAGCUUCAUUUACACCAUCAACUCCGUAUCCGCCCGCGACCCGACCUCCGUCUUCUUCGAUCCCAACAAAGGAUACACUCCGCGCUAUUCCGCCCUUAGACGCCAGCAGGCCGAAGCCUUUGUUUCCGCCUACAACCCCGCCACCGUCGUUAAGGCCGGCCCCGAAAGGCAGAGGAAGCUGUGUGUCGGCAUACCCUCGUUCAAGCGCGAGGGUACCCAGUAUCUUCCCGAUGCAGUAGGCUCUCUCCUCGAGGGUCUGACGCCGGAAGAGCGGAAAGAAAUCUACCUUAUUGUCUUCAUCCCCCACUCACGGCCCGAGAUACACCCAGCCUACAACGAGGCCUGGCUGCCCGGACUUGCCGAUGAGGUUCUCACCUAUGGAUACGGCUUCGACCGUAUGCAGUACAUUCGCAAUCUCGAGACACAACACAAGAUUGACGAAAAGGGCAUAUUCGACUACAGAUACCUCUUGGACAAGUGCAGAGAGCAAUACACGCCCUACAUUGCCCUUUUUGAGGACGACACCGUAGCUGUCGAUGGCUGGUACCACCGCACUAUUGCCGCCAUCGAUGAGGCAGAGCGCAAAGCCGCCCUCCAACGCGCAAAGCCCGACUUCCUCUACCUGCGCCUCUUCUACACCGAAGAAUUCCUCGGCUGGAACGCCGAAGAAUGGUCCACAUACCUCAAAAACUCCCUCUAUGUAGCCCUCAUCCCCACCGCCAUCUUCAUCUUCAUCCGCUGCUUCCAGCCAACCACCAAAUUCUCCCUGACCGUCGUCACCCGUCGCACCCUCGUAGCCACCUACGCUGUCCUUGCAAUCAUCAUCCUCCUAUUCUUCGCCUUUGGCCGCAUAACUGUCCAACCCAUGCCCCCCGGCGUCCACGAAAUGCCCGCCUUCGGCUGCUGCGGCCAGGCUUACGUCUUCCCCAACGUCAAAGCCACCGAAAUCGUAGAAUACUUCAAGGACCGUCAUCUAGGUUACAUCGAUGUCCUACUUGAGGACCUCGCCAAUGAGCGCCACGAACUGCGUUAUGCCAUUACGCCUAGUCUUGUGCAGCAUGUCGGUCGCACCAAUUCUCAUCAUGACGAUGGGCUCAUGAGUAAAUGGGGGCUCAGUGUUGCCGAGCGCAUAUGGAGUUUUGCCUUUGAGAAGUUUGAUUGGAGGGCUCUGCGCCAAGAGCAUGAAAUAGUUGCCAACUUGAGGCGGCAGGCCACGGUCGGGACGACGGGGAUCUAAGAUGUGCACAUAUUUUCUUUUUCUUUGUUGGACUUUGGUGAAGAGCACCUAAAAUGGUUUUAUGACGCUCGGUUUAGAGAUGUUUUUGCUUGCUGGA